GCGCGGUUCACCUCCGUGUGUGUGUGAACACGUUAAACUGCUGCACGACACAAACUCUGUUAGAGACCAGGAGGAGACCGAGGAUCGGGUCUGACAGGGUCUGACAGGGUCCGGAGCUGCGGGUUCGGGUCUGAGAGGAGUUUAUAACCUGCUGUUUGAGUCUGUGAGGAGCUGACUGAGGAGUCUGAAGUUUGAAUCUGCUGCUGCGGACUGGUCGGGAGGUUUUUCCAGUUUGCUGUCAUGAACCCGGCUGUCUCUCUCUAAAACUUUUUAUCUCUCUGCGCCUGUCUCUCUCUGAGCCUGUCUCACAUCGAGGGACAGACAGAUCUGAUCUGAUCUGAUCUGAAGCUGCAGGAGACACUAACUUUCCUGUACUGUCUCUGAAGAGUCCUCCCGCUCACACGGAGACAUUGAGACUGAGGUAAAGAUUGUCUGUCCCGGUCCACCUGAGUAUCUGCACCUUCGUCUCAGUCUGUCGGCGGGUCCCGGAUCAGCUGCAGGAUGUCGGACUCUGCCUCCAGUUUCCUCCACAUCGGGGACAUCGUGUCUCUGUACGCCGAGGGAUCCGUCAACGGCUUCAUCAGCACUCUGGGGUUGGUAGAUGACCGCUGUGUGGUCGAACCGGCUGCUGGAGAUCUGGAGAAUCCUCCCAAGAAGUUCAGAGACUGUCUCUUUAAGGUGUGUCCCAUGAGUCGGUACUCGGCUCAGAAACAGUUCUGGAAAGCAAAACAGGCGAAACAUGAGAAGGACAAAAUCGCUGACGUCGUCCUGCUGCAGAAACUUCAGCAUGCAUCCAACCUGGAGCAGAAACAGAACGAGACAGAAAACAAGAAGGUCCACGGAGAUGUCGUCAAAUAUGGAACUGUCAUACAGCUGCUCCACAUGAAGAGUAAUAAAUACCUGACGGUGAACAAACGUCUGCCAGCUCUGCUGGAGAAGAACGCCAUGAGGGUCACUCUGGACGGGACGGGGAACGAAGGCUCCUGGCUCUUCAUCCAGCCCUUCUGGAAGCUCCGCGCCAACGGGGACAACGUGGUUGUGGGAGAUAAAGUGAUUCUGAACCCGGUUAAUGCCGGUCAGCCGCUCCACGCCUCCAACUACGAACUGAGCGACCACCCAGGCUGCAAGGAGGUGAACUCUGUGAACUGUAACACCAGCUGGAAGAUCAACCUGUUCAUGAUGUUCAGUGAUCACAGAGAGGAAGUCCUCAAAGGAGGCGACGUGGUGCGUUUGUUCCAUGCGGAGCAGGAGAAGUUUCUGACCUGCGACGAGUACAAAAGCAAACUGCACGUUUUCCUCCGAACCACCCUGAGACAGUCUGCGACGUCGGCGACCAGCUCCAAUGCCCUGUGGGAGGUCGAGGUUGUCCAUCAUGAUCCGUGUCGUGGGGGGGCGGGACACUGGAACAGCCUCUACCGCUUCAAACACCUCGCCACCGGCAACUACCUGGCUGCUGAGGAGAACCCGGGGUAUAAAGGAGACAAUGCCGAGCCGAUGCCCUCGAUGGAUGGUAGUCGUGGCAACAAGCGCUCCCACGGCGAGAGGAUCAAGUACAAGUUGGUAGCAGUAGCUCAUGGGAACGACAUUGCCUCACUGUUCGAGCUCGACCCGACCACGCUGCAGAAGACCGACUCCUUCGUACCACGAAACUCGUACGUGCGACUGAGACACCUGUGCACCAACACCUGGAUCCAGAGCACCAACGUACCCAUAGACAUAGACGAGGAGAGACCCAUCAGACUCAUGUUGGGGACGUGUCCCACCAAAGAGGACAAGGAGGCGUUCGCCAUCGUCUCCGUCCCUGUGAUGGAGAUCAGAGAUCUGGACUUUGCCAAUGAUGCCAGCGCUAUGCUGAGCACCAUGGUGGACCAGUUCGGUCAGGGCUUCAUCAGCCAGAACGACCGGCGGUUCGCCAUCAAGCUGCUGGAGGACGUGGUUUUCUUCGUGGCUGACGUCAUCAACAGCGGUCAGCCGGUCCUAGACGUGGUCAUGACCAAAGCCAACCGAGAGAGACAGAAACUGAUGAGGGAGCAGAACAUCCUCAAACAGAUCUUCGGCAUCCUGAAGGCGCCCUUUAAGGACCGUGGGGGAGGGGAUGGUCCUCUGCUGCGUCUGGAGGAGCUGGCCGACCAGAAGAACGCUCCGUACCAGUACAUGUUCAGACUCUGCUACAGAGUCCUCCGACACUCCCAGGAGGACUACCGCAAGAACCAGGUGAGGAUGAUGAUGAAGAUGAUGGUGAUGACAGUGAUGGCAGCUUUGUUACUUUUACCAGUAAAUGUGAAUCAACCCCCUAGGUUCCUGGACUACCUGUCUGACCUGUGUGUGUCCAACAAUGUGGCGAUCCCCGUCACUCAGGAGCUGAUCUGUAAAUGUGUGCUGGAACCCAAAAACCAGGACAUCCUCAUCAAGACUGAACGCCGUGUCCCCAGAGAGUCGCCCCCUGGCGGUGGUCAAGGAGAAUACAUGGGGAUGGACGACUAUGGAGACGAAGACGAGGUGUGGCUGGUGUGGACAGAUAAGACCAAUGAGAGACAGGAGAAGAGCAUCAGACAGCUGGCUCAGGAGGCGAGACAAGGAAACGCUCAUGAUGAGAACGUCCUCACCUACUACAGGUACCAGCUGAAGCUGUUUGCCCGGAUGUGUCUGGACCGUCAGUAUCUGGCCAUAGACGAGAUCUCCAAGCAGCUGGACGUGGAGCUGAUCUUCCUCUGUAUGAUGGACGAAACGCUGCCCUUUGACCUGCGGGCGUCCUUCUGCCGCCUCAUGCUCCACGCACACGUAGACCGAGACCCUCAGGAGCUGGUCACACCUGUGAAGUUCGCCCGCCUCUGGACCGAGAUCCCCACGUCCAUCACCAUCAAAGAUUACGACUCCAACAUGGACGACAGCAGAGACAACAAGAAGAACCGUUUCUCCAACACGAUGGCAUUCAUGGAGGAAUAUCUCAACAACGUCCUGAACGACGAGCUGCCGUUCCACAAUGAGGAGAAAAACAAGCUCACCUAUGAGGUGGUGAGUUUGGCCAGACAUUUGAUUUACUUUGGUUUCUACAGUUUCUUUGAGUUGCUCCGACUCACCAGGACCCUGCUGGGAAUCAUUGACUGCAGACCCAACCCUGGAUACGCCGGGAUGUUAUUCCAUGAUGAUGGAUCAGGGAAGAACGUGAAGCGCUCCAUCCACGGGAUGGGUCAGAUGAUGUCCACCAUGGUCCUCAACAGGAAGCAGUCCAUAUUUGGAGGUGGAGGAGCCCGAGGGGCGGCGGCGGGACUCGUGCUCGACCCGCAGAGAGGCAGUAAAGACAGUAUUGAUAAGAUGGACCUGACGGUGAUGGACACCAAGCUGAAGAUCCUGGAGAUAUUACAGUUCAUCCUGAACGUCCGUUUGGAUUACCGCCUCUCCUUCCUGCUGUCCGUCUUUAAGAAGGAGUUUGUGGAUGUGUAUCCCAUGGCCGACGCUGACGCCACCACCAACAUGGAGCACGCAGCCACCAUCAACCUGCAGCAAAUCGGGGAGCAGGCAGAGGCCAUGUUUGGAGUCGGUAAGGGAAACAGUAUCCUGGAGGUGGACGAUGAAGGCGGUCGGAUGUUCCUGCGAGUGUUGAUCCACCUCACGAUGCACGACUACCCUCCUCUGGUGUCUGGAGCUCUGCAGCUGCUCUUCAGACACUUCAGCCAGAGACAGGAAGUGCUGCACACCUUCAAACAGGUCCAGCUGCUGAUCUCAGCUCAGGAUGUGGAGAACUACAAGCUGAUCAAGGCAGAUCUGGAUCGACUGCGAACACUGGUGGAGAAAUCUGAGCUGUGGGUGGAGAAGAAGGGCUCAGGAGGAGGUGAUGGGAAGAAAGAAAAGAAAGACAAGAAGGAGAAAGGAGAGGGGGCAUCAGAGGACGCCACGCCCAAGAAGGACAAGCUGGAGAAAGGAAAUGAGAACUACCAGAAGGUCAAAGAGAUCCUGGAGAGGUUGAAUAAAAUGUGCAGCAGUGGAGUUUGGAAGAAGCAACAAAGGCUGCUGAAGAACAUGGGAGCUCAUAAAGUGAUGCUGGACCUUCUGCAGGUGUCCUACGACCAGAAUGAUGUGAAGAUGCAGGAGAUUAUCAGGUACACUCACCUGUUCCUACAGAAGUUCUGUAUGGGAAACCAGGAGAACCAGGCGCUGCUGCACAAGAACCUCAACCUCUUCCUCAACCCUGGGCUGCUGGAGGCGGAGACGGUGCAGCACAUCUUCAACAACAACUACCAGCUGUGCAGUGAGAUCUCAGAGAGUGUCCUGCAGCACUUCAUCCACUGCCUGGCCACGCACGGCCGCCACGUCCAGUACCUCAACUUCCUGCACACCAUCAUCAAGGCCGAGGGCAAGUACGUCAAGAAGUGUCAGGACAUGAUCAUGACCGAGUUAACCAACGCAGGGGAGGACGUGGUCGUUUUCUACAACGACAAGGCUUCGUUCAACGUCAUGUUGGAGUUGAUGGCAGAGAGCAGGGAGGGGGUCAGCGAGAACAGCCCGCUCAGGUACCACAUCUCUCUGGUGGAGCUGUUGGCGGCCUGCGCUGAGGGGAAGAACGUCUACACUGAGAUCAAAUGUACAUCUCUGCUGCCUCUGGAGGACGUCGUCCGAGUAGUGACACACGAGGACUGCAUCACUGAGGUGAAGGUGGCCUAUGUGAACUUUGUGAAUCACUGUUACGUGGACACAGAGGUGGAGAUGAAGGAGAUCUACACGUCCAAUCACAUCUGGAAGCUGUUUGAGGACUUCACCGUGGACAUGGCCAGAGUCUGUAACAAACGAGACAAACGUCUGUCUGACCCCAUUCUGGAGAAAUACAUCAUCAACGUGGUCUUUGACACCAUCAGCGCCUUCUUCAGCUCGCCAUUCUCUGAGAACAGCACGUCUCUGCAGACUCAUCACACCAUCGUCACUCAGCUGCUGCAGUCAUCUGUCCGUCUGUUGGACUGUCCCUGGCUGCAGCAGCAGCACCGAGGACAGGUGGAGACAUGCAUCAAGACCCUCGCUAUGACAGCGAAGAGUCGCUCCAUCUCUCUUCCUCUGGACCUGGAGGCUCAGAUCAGCUCCAUGUUGUCCAGCUCUGCUCUCAACUCUCUGUCCCGCUCCAACCCAAACUACAAGUCCUCCCUGCGCUCCUCCAGACCCAUCGCUCCCAGCAACCCCUGGGACUACAAGAACAUCAUCGAGAAGCUUCAGGACAUCAUCAACACUCUGGAGGAGCGCCUGAAGCCGCUGGUCAACGCUGAGCUGUCGGUGCUGGUGGACGUCCUGCACCAGCCGGAGCUGCUGUUUCUGGAGGGAACUGACGCCCGACAGCGCUGCGAGUCCGGAGGCUUCAUCUCUAAGCUGAUCCAGCACACCAAGGCGCUGAUGUGUGCAGAGGAGAAGUUGUGUAUUAAAGUCCUGAGGACUCUGCAGGAGAUGCUGAUCAGGACGCUGGACUUUGAUGAGAAGGGAAUCUCUCUGAGGAAAGUUUUACUGCAGAAUUAUCUGUUUCCAAACAAGAAGAACAACCCGAAGUCUGACCUGGCCGAGCUCGGAGCUUCAGGGGUAGAGCAGGAACGGGACUGGGCGGCGGUGGCGGCGGUUCAGUGUCGUCUGGACAGAGAAGGAGGAACGAAGCUGUUCACUGAUCUGGUGAUGAGCACCAAGAACGACAAGAUCUUCCAGGAGAGCAUCCAGCUUGCCAUCUGUCUGCUGGAGGGAGGGAACACUGAGAUCCAGAACUCGUUCUACAAACUGAUGAUGGGCGACAACAAGUCAGAGAAGUUCUUUAAGGUUCUUCAUGACCGGAUGAAAGAAGCUCAGACGGAUAUCAAAGCUACUGUUUCUGUUAAUGUCGGAGAGAUGACGCACAAGGCCAACGAGAAGGAGCUGGAGAACGGUGGCUCUGCAACAUUAGUACUUCCUGGUACAGGCGGUCACCCGUUGUUGGUCCAGGGUCAGUCCAUCGCCCCGGUAACAGGCGCCUCUGCCCUGCCGGUUCAGCCAGUAGCAGAGCAGCGGGAGGUGGAGACGGAGAUGGGACCAGCCGUGAUAAUCAUGAAGCCGAUCCUGAGGUUCCUCCAGCUGCUCUGUGAGAACCACAACCAGGACCUGCAGAACUUCUUGCGUUGUCAGAACAAUAAGACCAACUACAACCUGGUGUGUGAGACUCUUCAGUUCCUGGACAUCAUGUGUGGAAGCACCACCGGAGGCCUGGGUCUGCUGGGCCUCUACAUCAAUGAAUCCAACGUCCACCUGAUCACUCAGACCCUGGAGACACUCACCGAGUACUGCCAGGGACCCUGCCAGGAGAACCAGACAUGUAUCGUGACCCACGAGUCCAACGGCAUCGACAUCAUCACAGCUCUGAUCCUAAAUGAUAUCAGUCCUCUGUGCCGCUAUCAGAUGGAGAUGGUUCUCCAACUGAAGGUACGCUGUCUCUACCUGCUCAGGUACUCUGUCCUCUACCUGCUCAGGUACUCUGUCCUCUACCUGCUCAGGUACACUGUGGAGGUGAUAAAGAAGGCCUACCAUCAGGAGAGUGAGUGUGAGGGGGUGGAGGUCUCCCCCCGGGAGGUGGGACACAACAUCUACAUCCUGGCUCAGCAGUUGGCCAGACACAACAAGGUCCUUCAGAACCUCCUGAAACCUCCAAAAAAAAAUAUAGAGGGCGACGAGGGGAUCUCCUCCAUGUUGAACCUGAACAACCGUCCUCUGUCCCAGAUGUUGAAGUCCACAGCUCCAGCUGCUGUGGUGGAACAGGACCCACUGGAGUUCUACGACCAGCUCACCUCACAGAUAGAGAUCGUCCGUGAUGACCGCAGUAUGGAGCAGAUCGUGUUUCCUGUCCAUCCCAUCUGUGAGUUCCUGACGGAGGAGUCAAAGACCCGAGUGUUCAACACCACGGAGCAGGACGAGCAGGGGUCAAAGGUCACACACUUCUUCGCACAAACAUCCUUCCUGCACGGAGAGAUGGAGUGGCAGAAGAAGCUCAGGAGUAUGCCUGUGUUGUACUGGUUCUCCAGGAGGAUGUCUCUGUGGGGAACCAUCUCUUUCAACCUCGCCGUCUUCAUCAACCUCAUCAUCGCCUUCUUCUACCCUUACGACUCAGGACAAGUAGGAGCGAUUGAUGACUCCCUUUUGCUGAUGCUGUUCUGGAUCCUGACCGGUCUGUCAGUGUUGGGUCUGUUCUCUCAGCGUUACGGCCUCCAGCCUCUAACCAUCGCCCUGAUCCUCAGAUCCAUCUAUCACCUGGGCAUCGGCAACACGCUCAUACUGCUGGGGUCACUCAACCUGAUCAAUAAGGUGGUGUUCGUGGUCAGCUUCGUCGGAAACAAUGGGACCUUUAUUAUGGGAUACAAGGCCAUGGUGAUGGACGUGGAGUUCCUGUACCACCUGGCUUACGUUCUGACGUCCACACUGGGACUGUUUGUCCACGAGCUCUUCUACAGCAUCCUGCUGUUUGACCUGAUCUACCGGGAGGAGACUCUGUUUAACGUGAUAAAGAGCGUCACCCGUAACGGUCGCUCCAUCCUGCUGACGGCGCUGCUCGCCCUCAUCCUCGUCUACCUCUUCUCCAUCGUCGGCUUCCUGUGUCUCAAGGAGGACUUCAUCAUGGAGGUCGACCCGCUGGUGCAGAUCGCAGCAGCUCCUCAGCAGACUGAAGCGUCUCAGGAUUUCCUCAAGUCAUGUUCAGCAGACGGCGUCAGCUGCACUGAUGAGACGGACGCCCUCAGUGUCCCAGAUGACGAAGAGGAGGCGAGCUCGGAGCGAGCAUGUGACACUCUGCUGAUGUGUAUCGUCACCGUGUUGAACCAUGGACUUAGGAACGGAGGAGGAGUCGGAGACGUUCUCCGCAAACCAUCCAAGAACGAGCCGCUGUUUCCUGCCCGGGUGGUCUACGACCUGCUCUUCUACUUCAUCGUCAUCAUCAUCGUCCUCAACCUGAUCUUUGGCGUCAUCAUCGACACAUUCGCCGACCUGAGGAGCGAGAAACAGAAGAAAGAGGAGAUCCUGAAGACCACGUGUUUCAUCUGUGGUUUGGAGAGAGACAAGUUUGACAACAAGACGGUGUCGUUUGAAGAACACAUCAAACUGGAGCACAACAUCUGGAACUACCUGUACUUCAUCGUCCUGGUGCGAGAGAAGAACAAGACGGACUACACGGGACCAGAGAGCUACGUGGCUCACAUGAUCAAAAACAACAACCUGGACUGGUUUCCACGGAUGCAGGCCAUGUCUCUGGUGGUGACGGAUGGCGACGGCGAGCAGAACGAGAUGAGGAUGUUACAGGACAAACUGGCCGCAACGAUGAAAGUGGUGAUGACGCUGACCACUCAGCUGACAGAGCUCAAAGAGCAGUCUGGACACAGUCUGCUGCCACAAACACUUCCAGUCGGGCCAAUCAGGGGUCAGAACCGUAUCAAUCAAUCAAUCAAUCAAGAAGAUGAGGCAGUGAACGGGCAGUGUGGGACGACUUCUCUGAGGAUGGUGAUGCAGUUGUCAGAAGCGACCACCAUGAGACGGCGGUAUCGUCUCUAG